AUGCCAACCAGCAAGAAAAAGUACAUUCUCAACACAGUCACAGUGAACUUAGGUUGCAGCAGCAGUUGUGGAAGGCCAAAACUCUCCUCCAUUUUUCACCCAAAGCCAAGAUGUAAAUUACCCUCUUACCACCACCAACACCACCACCAAUACUCUUCUUCAAGUUCAUGGAACACCACCACCACUGCCACCGCCGCCACCACAUUUUCCGACAUGCCACCAGCCACCUACUCCUCCGACACCGAGUCAGAUAUCAAGAGCUUGAGGGCUGUUCAGGGCUUUGGAAAAAUUGGCGGCCAAAGUGUGGCAGUGGAGAAGGACUCAGACGACCCUUAUCUUGAUUUCCGGCAAUCAAUGCUGCAAAUGAUACUGGAAAAACAGAUUUACUCAAAGAAUGAUCUUAAAGAACUUCUUAACUGUUUCUUGCAGCUGAAUGAACCAUAUUAUCAUGGAACCAUUGUUAGAGCUUUUACAGAGAUCUGGAAUGGGGUUUAUUCAGUGAGGUCUGCUUCCCCCAGGUUGCAUGGAAUGGGGAUGUCUCGUGACUUUUAG